GCCUCUUAUGGCUCGGGAUGGCUCUCGGCGGGCGGGCAGCUGCGGCAGCUGCUGCUGUGGCUCGGGCGGCGGCGGCAAGAGGGGGCUCCGGGGUCGGACAGUCGGCUCUCCCUGCGCUCUCCGCACCGCGGCGUAAAGGAUGUAUUUUGUGAUCGCAGCGAUGAAAGCUCAAAUUGAAAUUAUUCCAUGCAAGAUCUGUGGAGACAAAUCGUCAGGAAUCCAUUAUGGUGUCAUUACGUGUGAAGGCUGCAAGGGCUUUUUCAGGAGAAGUCAGCAGAGCAAUGCCACCUACUCCUGUCCUCGUCAGAAGAACUGUUUGAUCGAUCGGACCAGCAGAAACCGCUGCCAGCACUGUCGGCUGCAGAAAUGCCUGGCCGUGGGGAUGUCUCGAGAUGCUGUCAAGUUUGGCCGGAUGUCCAAGAAGCAAAGAGACAGCUUGUACGCCGAGGUGCAGAAGCACCGGAUGCAGCAGCAGCAGCGCGACCACCAGCAGCAGCCUGGGGAGGCUGAGCCGCUGACGCCCACUUACAACAUCUCAGCCAAUGGGCUGACGGAACUGCAUGAUGACCUCAGCACCUACAUGGACGGGCACACCCCGGAGGGCAGCAAGGCAGACUCAGCUGUCAGCAGCUUCUACCUGGACAUCCAGCCCUCCCCAGACCAGUCGGGAUUGGACAUCAAUGGGAUCAAACCCGAACCCAUAUGUGACUACACACCAGCAUCUGGCUUCUUCCCCUACUGCUCCUUCACCAAUGGAGAGACUUCCCCAACCGUGUCCAUGGCAGAACUAGAACACCUUGCACAGAACAUAUCCAAAUCCCACCUGGAGACCUGCCAGUACUUGCGGGAAGAGCUCCAGCAGAUAACGUGGCAGACCUUCCUGCAGGAGGAGAUUGAGAACUACCAGAACAAGCAGAGAGAGGUGAUGUGGCAGCUGUGUGCCAUCAAGAUUACAGAAGCUAUCCAGUACGUGGUGGAGUUUGCCAAACGCAUUGAUGGAUUUAUGGAGCUGUGUCAAAAUGAUCAAAUUGUGCUUCUAAAAGCAGGCUCACUGGAGGUGGUGUUUAUCAGGAUGUGUCGUGCCUUUGACUCUCAGAACAACACCGUGUACUUUGACGGGAAGUAUGCUAGCCCUGAUGUCUUCAAAUCCUUAGGUUGUGAAGACUUCAUUAGCUUUGUGUUUGAAUUUGGGAAAAGUUUGUGUUCUAUGCACCUGACUGAAGACGAAAUCGCAUUAUUUUCUGCAUUUGUACUGAUGUCAGCAGAUCGCUCGUGGCUUCAGGAAAAGGUAAAAAUAGAAAAACUGCAACAGAAAAUUCAGCUAGCCCUUCAGCAUGUCCUACAGAAGAACCACCGAGAAGAUGGAAUUCUAACAAAGCUAAUCUGCAAGGUGUCUACGUUACGAGCCCUAUGUGGACGACACACAGAAAAGCUAAUGGCAUUUAAAGCAAUAUACCCAGACAUUGUGCGACUCCAUUUUCCUCCGUUAUACAAGGAAUUGUUCACUUCAGAAUUUGAGCCAGCAAUGCAAAUUGAUGGGUAAAUGUAGCACCUGAGCACUUCUAGAACAUCUGGAGUACAAACAUGAAAGUAAGAGAGAACAUAAAAAAAGGAAAUAAAAUAAUAACAACGAAGACAAAUUUAACUGAGACACUUUCUAUGGCCCUGAGAGCCCUGGAGCGCCAACACACUGCACAGACAUCUUGUGGUGAUCGGGGUUCAGGCACAAAGGGGAAACAAUCAAAUCCAAUAAAAGCUGAACGUGUUUUGCUCAUGCAUACGAUUUCCACUAUGCCUACAGAAAUGGACCCUUUUUCUGUCUCAACUUCUAGAGCGGUUGACCGUGGCAUGUAACAGGAGGAGGGCACUACAGUCGGAGGAGUCCCUUUUCUCAUAGCUCACUGCCCACAGACUCUUACGGGUAACAGCAGAGUCCAGCGUUAAUCGGUGACCCCGGUGUGUGUGGCGGGAGGUGCAGCGUCACUUUGCACAGCUUGCUUUUCUGUGUCAUGAAGGAAGAUUUUGUUUCUCUCACCGAUUAUUGCCGGUCAGCAGGAUGGUGUGAAAGGGGAUCCAUUGCGCUCGCAACAAUAGCAUUAUAAUAUAUUACACAGGGUAAAUGGGCAUGAAGACUAUAUAUAGCUAAAGAGAUAUUGUUUAUAUAUUGUUUUAAUUAAUAUAAAAUGUAGUGACUGGCGUAGCUUUUCCUGUUGAAUUGAUAAGGCACUUUCCGUUUUUGCACCUUUUUGUUUCCUUUAAAUUAAAUGCUAGCGUGUUCACUGUCGCUGUGUCGCAUGUACACCAGAAACACAAGUUUAGCUGAGAAGGCUUGGAAGGUACGUCGGGAGGUAUUUAUGCUGCUGUUUACAAACAAAAAACAAAAAACAAAAAAAAAACCAAUUACUUUUAAAAGACUGGCUGGUCAUAUCCAGAAAUCAACAUGUUGAAUUUUUUUUCCCACCUGUAAAUUUGGAAUUAGUAAUGGACUGCUCCCUAAAUCAUACUUUGUUUUGCAUGCAAUUAAGAAUGGGUGUGUUUAAGAUUCAUCCAGAACUGAAGGAGUGUCUGGUGCUGUGGGCUUAAACCAUGUGUGCAUAUUUUUUUUUUUUUUUUGGUCUUUAAAAUGCUACCUUUGGGAGGUGGAGAUGGAGAGGCUCAUUUAACACAAGUCAGUAGUCACAGGGACAGAGUGUCAUCUUGCAGUUCUGAUGCUUUCAGAACAAAUUAGCAGCUGGGAUAUUUACUGGAGUCUAGCUCUUAUUUAGAAGAAGGACCCAAAGAUUCCAUGUGGAACAAACACACUCCCCACAGGAAGCAUUCGUUGAAUGUCUUGUGUUCUUGGCAUCAGGAGCCCUAAGAAGUCACCUCAGAGUGAACUGACCCUAGACUAGCUGUCCCAGAUUCUAGACUGCUGGUCUCCAUAUCGGGUAGACGGUGGAUGAAGAGGGAGGGAGACAGUGUUGACCCUGGUUCCUAUGUUUAAGAUACGCCUUCAGAGCGAAGGUGGGGCCAGCUGCAGACAUUUGUGUAUGUAUCCUCACUAGAAAACUGUGGACUGUAAUUUAUUUUAUUAAAUAUAUAGAAGAUAGUUUGGCUUUUGUGUUCAGGUAAAAAGUAUUGAGGUUUUGAUUCAUUUUGCAUUAUUUAAAAAUAAUCCCCAGUGGGAGGAGGAAGGAGCUUUCUUAUGUUCAUAGGUAUGCAUAUUUUAAGACCAAGUGCCCUGGGAUUAGAGAGAUGCUUCUUCAGUGGUCAAUAGUGCUUACUGCUCUAUCAGAGGACCAAAGCCUGGAACCCAGCUAGCAGAUCAGGCAACUCACAAAAGCCUGUCACUUCAGCCCCAAGAUAUCAGUGUCCCUUUCUGGCCUCUGUGGGCACACACACACACACACACACACACACAUACAUAGAGUAAGAGAUAAACAUAAAAAUAAAUCCUUAAAAACAAGUGCUCCUUUGAGAAUUUAGGAGGCAUUUAGGAGAUGACUUUGGUCACAAGACACUGGUCUGGCAUCAAAGACCGUAUCUGUAGACAAAAAGGGAACGUUUUCCGUGGUAAAUGGGGGCAGGGUGCACUUUUAUGAAGCCCUGUAUACCCAACUGCCUCCUUUGCCCACAGGGUCCUUCUAGACUCUUUCCAGCAUUUCUGUUCCUGCUGAUGUCCAUCUGAUGGGUUCCCAGGGCCAGCUUCCCAGAGCACUUCACAAUUUUUAACUUCACUGACUUUCUGCCUUAUUUACUGAGGGACUUGGAAAGUAGGAAGGAAUUAUUCGUAUAGAAUUGUGUGGGGGAAGCCUAAGUAACAUCUAACAUUUUUUUCAAAAACAUAGUAAGGGUUUAACCAUAAACAGGGGAAGUGAUAUUUACUUAAAUUUCUUACAAGCAUAGAAAAUUUUAUGUGUUUAUAUGGAGAGGUUAGUGGUCAGCAUAUAGUAUUUAUAUUUGGGCAAGAAGGGGUAAAUCAAAAUUUUAUUUAAGCAUAGUUCCUUUAAAGAGUAAUAGUAUUUAUAUUCUGAAGAGAGAGUACGGUUUUGUUAUUUAUUUGCCCUUUUUUUUUUCCUGUUGUUUCUCCUGUGUGAGGGAAUGGUGUGAGGUUUGGGUUUGGUUUUUGUUUUUCCUUUCUUGUUUAGUUCUUCAGAUUCACUAAAUUUGGGGAUAGAUUUAGUAAAGUAUAUUAACUUCAUUUUAACCAAAGCUUUCUGCAUAUGACCAGCCUCAGGUGCUAGCGCACUAAAGAGCAACUAAACCCAAUUCCAGUGUCCACGUGUGACUAAGGAGAACUGGCUGAGCGUCUCUAAGGGUGAGAGAGAGAGGGGAAGAGAGAAAGAGAGAGUGUGUGUGUGAUAUUGAACUUCAGAGAAAUUCAUUUUCCCAGGAAGGAUUCUGUAUGUACCUAAUACAAAACUCAAACACAAGAUACUUCAAUCUCAGCAUGAUGCCAUGGUGACAUUGCUUUUACAACACACCAGGAGAGAGCAGUGUGACUGCUUCCAGGUAUUCCUGAAAGAAAAGCAGGAAGAUGGCUUUCAGAGCAAAGUCCUCCGACAUUGUAGGGAUGGAGCUAUAGAGCCAGAUGUGCUCUGGGAAACUGAGAGGACAAUUGACUAGGAUAAGUUGAGAGUCACGGUGAGUCCAGAACAGGAUGUAAAACUUUGGCAUUUUUCUUUUCUUCCUGAUUAUGAGACCCACUUGGUUGUUCCACAAGGUGGUUGAUGGCACAGAAUCAUGAGGCUUAAUAGUUCAUGUCAUUAAACUUGCCUGAACUUAAAGGCUCCCCAGUCUCCUGGGGACUGAACCAUAUUGUCAGCUCCGCUGCAAGAGCACCAUCAGGUAGCCUUCUCUACAGAAGGUAAAUGAGGCUUUCCUACAAAAUCUGAAUGUUGUUGCUUGAUAUGCAAACGAUCCAGGAACAUCAUGAGAAACUGGCCUUGGCCACAAAGAAAUCCAAAGUGCAGUUGAAAGCAUGUUUUGGACAGACCACAAAUUGUGCUAAGGCUGUGAGUUUGGAGUUGUUUUGUUUAAAGCACUCAGUAUUCUAAUUUGUGCUAAAUCCAUGAAUUAUUUUUUCCCAAAGUCUUUAACAUCCUGUUUCACCCUUCCUAACUUAAGGAAAACAUGACUUAAGACUCUGCUUCUAAGUUUGGUUGUUCUUUAGCCAGUGGCUACCAGAUCUCUGUGAGUGGGUGGGGGUCAGGGGAGGAAGGAGCGUGUUCACCUGUGUGUGUAUGUGUGUGUGUGUGUGUGUGUGUGGCUUUUGCGUGUAUGCAGUGUGUAUGUUAGACCGCUUCUAGGCUACUAAGUGUCAAUGGAAAAGAAAAUGUAUUCAAAAUACAUAAAUCAAAACUAGAAGAUGGAAAAAAAAAGAUUUAUUCUAUACAAAGCCUUGUCUGGACCACUCUAGAGAGACUUCUAUUUUUUUAACCCUCUAUAAAUAUUUGAUGGCACUAGAAAUAUUCCUGCAAUAAAAUGUGAUUUGUGUAAAGAAAAAAAAAGAUUUUGUAAUGUGAAACAAAGAAAGAAAGUAAUGUAAUUUUCUAAAAAAAAAAAUACAAACAAACAAACUUUGUAUUAUUUUCUUGAUGGAAUUUGCCUAUCUGUCUUUGGAGAACUUUUUAUUUCCUUGAAUGUGCCAUAGUAGAUGUAUGUGCUUUUUGUUUUAGACUAAGGGGUGGCUGCUUGUGUUCCGACAUUCCAAAAUGCAAAGCAACUUAGCAGAAGCCUUGACGAAGAGGUUUCGGUAGGAUGCAAGCGUCUCUCCUUGUUGCUUGUUUUGCACACGUCUUUUCAUUCUUAUCUAGUGCAAUAUCUGUACAUAGAGCACUUGCGGGUGUACUUUGAUCCCUCAGGGAAAAACACAUAUUUGUACAGUUGUUGGGUUUGUUUUGGUUUUUUGUUUGUUUGUUUGUUUGUUUUUUGAUUCAUUUUCCUUUUUUGUUUUUUUGGCUAUGGAAUGUCGAUCGAAUCACUUGUUAUUGUUGAGAGGCAGCCAGAUAAUCAGCCUAAAGCCACUGUUUCAAACACCGAUUGUUUGAGUCAUGUCUUUCCAGUACUAUUAUUUUAAAAUGAUAAUAAUAAUAAUAAUAAUAAUAAAAAGCUAUUUUCUGACAGUUCUUUGUGCUGACUGGUGGAAAACAAAAGGGUAAACGUAAUAAUAAUAAUAAGCACCUUAUGGUUGACUUACUGUGAAUGACAAUCCAUCUUGGUGUCAAGGACAGAGCCCUGUUGUCUAGAGUUGGGGCUGAGAGUCAGAAACACUGCGCUCAGGGAACUUCUAAAACUCUUAAAAACAGGGUGGCCAGUGGACUGGGGCAAAUUGUGGUUUUACUAUUAAAAACAAUGAUGGUAACAGUAUCCCUCCAAGGCACAAGCGAACUGUAGAGAAAUGUCUGUCUGUCUGUCUGUCUGCCUGUGUGAAUUCUUCACCUGUCUCAUCUUGUUGAGUUCAAAAUUCCUGUUUAAAAGCAAAUUAACUCCUGAGGCAGUGCAGUGUGGAUGGAAGAUGAACCCAGCAGUGACAGCCCAGUCAGGGAGCACAGUAUGGCCAUCUACUGUUUCCCUAAUAAUUAAAAUGCCCCUGUGAAAUACACCUUUCAACAGUUUCAGAUUUGGUGUGUUAGGAAUUUAGAUUUUUUUUUUUAAACCA